GAGAAUCGCCCAUCAAAGACUGGGCCCACUCAGCGGCCAACCAACACACGGCAGCUGGGCAGCUGGACGCAGUCUACACGCCCGGUACAUAAAUGCGCCUUAUAUCAGCUGGGGUCCACCUGGUUUAGCUUCAUCUGCUCGAAACCAUUAGCCUCGCCAAGAAAGCGCGUCCUCUGCGGCUUUAAUCGCGACGGGUGCACCCAGUUCAGGUCACAGCUAGGGACCCUGGCCAGGCAUUACCCGUGGCUGCCUCGGCCAUAGACACGGUGACAACUCAGGAUGUCUUGGACACGCGGUGACGUGCGGCUGCGAGGGCUCCUACUUGUGCUCGGCACAUUCGCCCUGGUGGGCAUUGAGCCCGUUUCGGCACGCACAGUGAAGCCGAAGUAUUUUCUUCAGAAAGCGCUGCCACUUAAUUUAGUCGUGACGACGCCCGUGGAGCUCUCAAACUCGGACUCGGCGUCAGUCGGCCUAUAUGGGAGGCAGGCGCUCACGGCGGUGUUCUCCCGCCCGGUGAUAGCUUUGGGCUCUGACUUUGGUACCCCGGCGUCGGAGCAGAAGCUCCCGUUCCGCCUCAACUGCCCGGUGCCGGGCAAGGCGCGCUGGGUGACCACCACCAUCGCACGCUUUGACGCGGAUGUGGACUGGCCCACGGACCUGGAUUGUGAGCUGACGUGGACCGCUGGCCUUACAAGCUAUGAUGGCGCUCCUCUGCAGCUCGGCGACACACCAGCGUCUCGCAAGCUCAGCAGCAGCCCGCUGACGCUGUCCAUUAGCGACGUGCUGUCGGACAAGGCCGACGAGCUGACGGAUGGUCGCUGGGCCUCAAGCCUGGGGCUGCCGGACGACAGCUACCUGGAGGUGCCGCCCGAUGGCCGCAUCGUGGUGCAGUUUUCUGGCAAGGUCCACCUGGCCACCCUACAGAGCUACCUCAAGGUGGCGGAGGGUGUGCAGGGCAAGGGCGCCGAGGCGGCCUUCACUCUGGCGCCUUGCCAGAGCCCCGCGCCCUGGAUCUUCCCCUACACCAGCGCUACCGGCACUGGCACCCAGGGUGCCACUACGCCUCUGAGCCUGGACGUCAAUGCCACCUGCGUCGAGGUCUCGCCCAAGAACCUCAAGCCCGACACUGUCUACGCUGUGCGGCUGCCGGUGGGCUCGCGCUAUUUCGGCCUGUCGGGGCCGCUGCAGUCUGAGGCGGUGGCGCCCUUCCGCAGCCUGCGCCCCUUCCGCUUCUACUUCCAGCAGAGCUCCUGGCAGAACGUGUGGGCCGGAACCAAGUACCGCCGCUUCGACCUGGGGCUGCUGCACGGCCUGGGUUCCGCCGUGACCUCGGCGGCGCUGGCGGGCCGCAUCAGCCUGUGCGCGCGCGGCCCCGGCGGCGCCUGCAGCCCCGUGCCCUUCAGCCUGAGCCUGGUGUACAAGGGCCUGGCGCGGCUGAGCGUGGACAGCCUCAAGCCCGGCACCCAGCACACCAUCACGGUGGCGGGCGCUGCCUCCAUCAUUGACGGCUACGACCAGGCGCUGCAGGGCUCCUCGCUCACCUUCUACACCAGCUACGUCGACUACUCCUUCGUCGGCCCCGCGCUGUCCAAUAUGGCCCUGCUGGAGCCCGCUGACGUGGAUAGCCUGGCGUCCUGGCCCUUCGUCAGCCGCGGCCCGCCGCCGCUGAACCCUGACCAGCCCUGGUACCAGCCCGCCUUCGCCAACCGCAUUGACGCGUGGGAGGUGGACAUCAGCGUGGAGCGCAACCGCGUCAUGCUGCUCAAGUCGGUGGUGCAGUCCUCCUUCGGCCAGAUGAACCUGCAGUCCAUCUUUGGUGCGCCCGCCGCCAGCGUGGCGGUGCCCAUCGAGCUGCGCACGCCCGGAUCCGGCGCCGACUGGCAGCAGCUGUCGCUGUCGCUGGCGGGCGCCAAGGUCCGCGUCGUCAGCUUCUGCUGCAACAGCCAAGGCGGCAUCAGCGACGCCAAGCUGCUGGUGCGCAGCGGCCUGUCGCUCAACGUGGUGCAGCUGGGCGACACCUUCCGGGCCUGGCUGCUUGAAUCCAGCGAGGGGGGAGCCGCUGUUGCGGGUGCCACCGUGUACAUCCACGUCCUACCCAACAACGGCCGCAGCAGCGUCAUUUACACAAGCCCGGACGCGGUCAUGCUGGGCACGUGUGUUACUGGCGCUGACGGCGUGUGCACCAUCACCAAGAACUCCGACAGCGACUGGAGCCAGGUGGCGGCGUUCGCGCUCACGACCGACGGCCGCGCCGCCGUGCUGCCAUCCGCCGGCUACAUCAACCCCGACUCGCCGCCUGCCAACUACGUGGCUUCGCUGGUGGCUGACCGCCGCGUGAUCGUGCCCGGCGACAGCCUCAAGGUCACCGGCUUUGUGCAGCAGGUGUCUGCCACCGGCCUCAAGCUGCCGGCUGAGUCAUGGGUGGUGGUGGAGGUGUCGCCCAACUGGCAAGCCUCUGCCUCCGGCGCCUCUGGCGGCACCACCACCGGCGGCGGCGGCGUCAUUAGCCCGGGCCGCGGCCUCAUGGACGGCGCCGUGGCUGCUGCUGUCGCUGCUGACACGGUCAGCGCCGUCGGCCCCUUCUCGACCGAGGCUGCUUUGCCUGUUGCCACCAUCGCCGCCGAGCUGCCGGUUGCCGGCCGCACCGGCCGCGGCCUGCGCGGCUCCACCUCUUCCUCGUCUGCCGGCGCGUCGGCGGUAGCUGUCGGUGUCUCCACCCCUAUGACCGGUGCCAAGCCCACCGGCGGCGUCAGUGCUGGAGGCUCCACCGGCACCACCGGCAAUGCGCUCACUGGCGUGCCGACCCGGUAUUUCGCCAAGAUUGAUGGCGCCUCGGGCGUGCUUCAUGUGGAAGUGCCCAUCCCCGCCUACGCGCGCCUGCAGCCCUACACGCUGCAGCUGCGCCUGCCCAAGGCCGGCACCGCGCUUGCCUCGGGCGCCCGUCCCGACGACGCUACGGCCGCUGGCUGGUCCGACGUGGCUGGCUCGCUUGGAUUCACGGUUGCUGACCCGCGCCCGCCCACCGCCGAGCUAAAGGUGGACGUGCCUCCAUGGGUGCUGCCCACCGCCGCCGUGGCGCUCAAGCUCACGGCAGUCAGCUACGUGGGUGCGCCCGUGGACAACUCGCCCAUCACCGUGACCUGGAGCCACAGCAAGGCGAGCGGCGUGAUCAAGCUGACCACGGGGCUGGACGGCGUGGCCUCCACCACCCUGGACUUGGGCGCGCUGCCCGAGAUCAACCGCACCACCGCCUACGACACGCUGUCCAUCGCAGCUGAGUGGGUGGGCCCCACCCGUGAGCUCAUCCAGAAGUCCGCCACAAUUAUCCUGGCGGACGGCCCCGCCCGCCUGCAGCUGCAGACGUCCCUGGACACCGACGUGCCGGGCGUGGCCUUCGCGCUGGGCGCCCAGCUCACCUCCAAUGUGGACGGCUCGGCCAUCACCGGCCUCGCCGUCACCGCCACCCUCAAGCCCGACACCUCCGCCGGCCCCGCCGCCUGCGCCGACACGCCCAGCUGCGCCACCACCAGCGGCGCGGGCCUGGACGCGGGCUGCCAGCUGGCGCUGCCGUGCGUGGGGCGCUUCGUGCUGGAGGCGUGCGCAACGACGGCAUCAGGUCCGGUGUGUGCGAACCAGACCUUGGGUCGCAACACCACGGAGUGGUCUCUGGACCCCCUGGACAGCUUCCCCGCGCCCAACUUCCUCACCGAUAAGGCCUCGUACAAGAUUGGCGAGAGCGCCACUGUCAGGUUCCAGAACCCUUGGGCCGGAGCCCGGCUGAUGCUGACGUGGGGCAACAACUACGCCUCCAAGCACGAGGUGGUUGCCUCGCUGCCCGCCGGCCUCGCCUCGCACACGUUCGGCCCGUUGGGCAACGAGUGCCUGGGCGGCUGCAGCGUCUCCUUCGUUCUGGACGUGCCGCGGCUGUCCGCCUCGGCGCUGCCGCUGCCGCCCCCGGAGCAGCUCAAGGUCAGCAAGCUGUAUGACCCCCGCGCGCCCGCCACCUACAGCCAGCAGCUGUCGCUGACGGUGCUGCCGGAGAACGAGCUGGCCGUGACUGUGGCCGUGGCGGCGGCGCCGGGCGUGACGGCGGGAAGCAUCACGGACGCUGAUGGCAAGCAGCUGCUUUCCAUUGAGCCCGGCAGCGAGGCGACGGUGACCGUGACUGUCGGCAGCGUCGGUGCCGGCGCCUCCGUGACUGUGUACGGCGUGGACAAGGCGUUCCUGGACCUGCUGCCGUACCCGCUGCCGGCGCCGCAGCAGGAGGUGGUGCUGCGGCUGGCGGCGGCUGUGGCGGCGUACGGCCCCAGCGCUUACCGCCUGGCGCCUGGAGCGGUGCAGGCCGUGUUCGCAAAGCUCAUGAGCCGCCUGACCGGCCUGGACCCCUGGCUGCCCGCCGACACCACCGUGCGCCCCGGCGACACCGGCGCCUACUUCCGCACGCCCUACUACUCGCCCAGCGCCACGGCCUCGGCCGCCGCGGUGGACAUGGAGGACGCGGCAUACCUGGCGCUGUACACGAGCCCGCUCACCUACCUGGCGUCGCAGACCUACAUUGGCCGCUACGGCGGCUGCGGCAUCACGUGCAUGGACUCCGCGGCCAGCAAUGGUGGAGGCACGAACGUCGUUUCCGCCCCCAGCGUCCGGCCUUUGCCUGGGCAGGGCGCCGCCACCGAUGAUCAGUCCAAGGGGGUGACUGCCCCCGAGAGUGGCGGCAGCAGCGGCAGCGGCGGCAGCAGCUCCAAAACCGACAGCAGCGUCACCGUCCGCCAGGAGGCUGACUUCAUCGUGACGCCGCUGUUCACCACCGCCGUCACCGACGCGUCCGGUGUGGCUCGCGUGGCCUUCACCGCGCCGCCCAACCUGGGCACGUUCGUGCUGCGCGCCUUCGCCGCUUCUGGCGCCGCCGCCAAGUACGGCUCUGGCGAGGCCAAGCUGGCGGUGCGGCGGGCGCUGUCGCUGACGCCCAGUGUGCCGCGCUUUGUGCGUGUUGGCGACCAGUUUGAGGCGGGCGUGGUCGUCACCGUAGGCUCCGCGCCGGCCAGCGUCACCGUCAGCCUAAAGCUGGAAAACGCAGCCGACAGCCCUCUGACGCUCAACGGUGUCACCUCCAAGACUGUGACCAUCGCAGCGGGCGGCGGUCUGCAGCAGGAGGUGCGCUUCAGCUUCACGGCGGUCGCCAUCGCGAGCGCUACGCUGGUAUUUGAUGCGGUGGACUCGGCGGCCGGCGGCGGCUCCGACAGCCUGAGCCUGGAGGUGCCGGUGUACGGGCAACAGGGCGACGUGUGGGUGGCGACCUCCUUCGCGCUCAAGGCGCUGCCCGCCUCCGACUCGGAUGUGGUGCAGUGGCAGGAGGGGCUGGCGCUGCCGGACGCAGUGCCGGGAAGCGGCGGCCUAGCUCUUACGGCGGGUGUGGGCUACUGGCCCUCCAUCGCGGCCACCUACGACAACCUGGCGCAGCGGCAGGAUGACUACAGCGGCUACGCCUAUGCGCAGCCCUCCAUGCUGUGGGCGGUGCAGCCGCCGCUGCUGCAGCGCUACGGCCAGCCCGCCUCCGCCGCCGGGCCCGAGGCGCUGCUGCACACGGCCUACACCAACCUGGGCCGCCUGACGCUGUCCAACGUGGGCCUGGUCUACUCCGACCCCUCGCGCUGGUACUCCUGGACGCCGACACGCACCGACAUGUACCUCAACAGCUGGGCGCUGUUCCUGGCUGCCGAGCACGCCGCCUCCGGCAAGGCCCUGUCCGGGGACCUGGCCGCCGCCUACGCCACCGACUGGUCGGGCCUGGCCGGCAACCUGGUGCCGCUGUGGCGCGCGGCGGUGGAGCGGCAGCUGAUCCAGGACGCACGCGACGCGCGCAUGUACUCCAACAACAAGAACGCCUACGAGGAUUGGUACACGCUGGCCUGGGUCAGGCUGGCCAUGGGCCCCGACUGGAACCCGCCCGCCUGGCUGGAGUCUCCCAUCAACAACGACCUGUCGCUGGCCACCCUGCUCAACGCCGUCAGCGCCAAGAAGGCCGGUCGUGAGACGCGCGUGCUCCUGUCGCUGUACCUGCAAGCUCUGGGCUCCGCGGCGCCUUCCUCGCCGCUUGUGGCCAACACGGUGGCGGAGGUCACCUCGGCGCUGCGCACGCAGGGCCGCACCGCCUACGUGGCCACCGGCCCUGGAGCCGCCUCCGCUGCGUCGCUGGACGAGCAGGCCCUGGCCCUGCUGCUGCUGCUCCGCUCCGGCGCAACACACCAGCUCAUCCCCAAGCUGGCGGCCUACGUGGCCAACCCCAGCCAGGCGGGCGGCAGCGUGGGCUGGUUCAGCAUGUACCCCUCCGAGGCCGCGCAGGGCCUGGCGGGCGUGGCACUGGCGGCCUACGACGAGGCGCGCGGCAGCACCAAGCCCGACGUGGAGCUGUUUGCUGACGUGAAUGGCCUCACCGUGCUGGAGGCCACCUUCCGCACCGGUGCUAACGCGCCCGUCAGCAACACCACCGCGUGGGAGGACCUGCCGUCGCCGCCCACCGGAUCCCCCUCAGAGCUCAACUUCGAGGUAACCGGCACCGGCGAGGUGUCUGUGGCUGCGUCGCUCCACUUCGUUCCCUCCGCGCUGCUGUCGUUCCCCUCCUACCGCGGGCUGUACGUGGAGGCGGCGCUGCAGCAGGUGGACCCGCGCACAGGCGGCCCCACCGGCGGCCGCCUGGCGGCGGUGCCGCUGGGCUCGGUGGUGGCGCUCACAGUGCAGCUGACCACUCCCGACGACCUGGGCGCGGUCACGCUGUCCGUCAUGAUGCCCGGAGGCCUCGAGCCCCUGGACCCCAACCUGGUGGCGGGAGCUGACAGCGCCUGCACCGACAGCUGGGUGGACGGCAGCAGCUGGGGCUAUGUCUACCGCUGGUACUACUGGUUCCCCAUCUGCCCUGCCCAGGAGACGCGCCCAAGUGUGGUCACCUUCAACUACCUGUCCCUGCGCGCCGGCACCUCAUCCGUGGUCAUCAAAGCCGUGGCCGCCACCGCAGGCACAUUCGUGGUGCCUCCUAUCCGCGCCUGGGUGGACGAGCAGCCCGAGCUCAUGGGCAGCACCGCCGGCGCCAAGAUCAGCGUGUGCGCCGACUGCGCCGGCCCCACCUACGGCGCGCUCCCGCCGCCCCCUAAGCCCUGUCCCGCCGACUGCUCCGGCAACGGCGUGUGCAACCUCAAGACCGGCAAGUGCGUGUGCAACGCCUACUGGACGCGCGCCGACUGCUCGCGCAUGGUGCCUGCUUAGGCUAUACCGUGGCACGGAGUUGACGCGACACGCGCGUACGAUGCUCACCUCACAUUAUGUGGUGUGCCAGCGGCGGAGUCCAUGGAAUACCUGUUUUGAACUCAGAGGCCGCUUGUUCCGGCGGAUGGUGGAGACACGUUUUUGCACUGGAUUAAUUGGCGUGACGUGAGCCGUACGAAAGAAUGGUGGCAAGUAGUAAGGCGUGCAGCUUCGAGCUAUUGGCGACGCACAUCACAACCGCCGCCGGUGUCUACCUUCGGGUCCGGGCAGCGCGCAGCUUGAAGGACAUUUUCCAAGGAUAGCAGAGCCUUAUGGGCAUAGUUCCGCUCCAUGCCGGCCCCUACGGCCCUCAUGGUUGACUCAGUACUCUCCUACAAUUUCCGGUACUUGAUAUGCGUUUUGAUCAAGGUAUGAUUGAUGCGUUUGCUACUGUGGUGCUGGAAUUGCGUGCGUGCAUUUCUAGUCUCGGGUACUGAAAGGAAAUGUGGUUUACCGGGUCCACCAAGCACUCCAUAAUUCAAGGUGCGCUGGGUUCUGACGUCAUUGCUUUGGCAUUCUUGUAUUAUCAUGGACAAGGUGAGCGCUCCGAACUGCGUUAGCCUGCGCUGCAAGGCCUUGUCUGGCGGCAGCAUGUGGCCGUGGAGAGACAACGGUUUGCGCGGUAGAUAAUUUUGCCGCUAGUACUUCUGUGGUCGGAUGAGGGUCAACACACCGGUAGGGCUAAAGGAGAGACGGAGGGGAGGCCCUGUCGGCACGAGAUGCUAGGCUGGUACUGUGAGUUCUCAACGUCGGAGUUUUGAGCAUUGGAGAUGGGAGUGCUGCACGCGCAUUUACAAGCAUGCCGCCUGACCAUGGCUCGAACACGCAUCCAGCUUCCUGAAGCGCCAGCACAGACACGCACGCAUGCACGCAUAUACAUACGCCGUUGGCAUCAUCGCAUCAUGUAUCCUCGCUCUCGGCCGUGGAUGGACCUGAGCCUUUAGUAAUGCUGGCUACAGGCCGUAAUCACCAAAAAGCCACUGGAAGAGAGCGUAGCG